UGGCCUGUGAGUACGGCAUGGUGCAUGUGCUUCCGGAGAGUGGGACCCCCAAAGGCAAGGACUACUGCAUCCUCUACAACCCCCAGUGGGCCCACCUGCCGCAGGACCUCAGCAAGGCGGUGAGUGCCGCUGCCUGAGGCCCUCCACCCCCAGCUGGGGUGUCGUUGGCCUCUUUCAUGCCGUGGCCACUCUUCCUGCAGCAGUUUGUGGAAAAGCCAAGUCAGCAGAGGCAGGAUGCAGACCCUGGGCAUGGGUUGCCUGCCACUGGAGCCUCCGUGAGCCCCUCUGGGCCUCAGUCUCCCUGGUCGUAAAUGAGAGCUGUCCAGAGGCCUGCUGGGAGAUGGGCCUUUCUGCUGCUCUGGGCAUGGCCAGGACAGGGUCAGGGUCCUAGGCCUGAUGGGAGAUGGGGGGACCCGGACACAGGCGUGCCUCUCUGCCUGCGUUUCCUCAUGGCUUUGCUCCUAGCCACGCCCUGCGCCGCGCAUGGAUCGCACCUCAAGCACACGUCUCCCUCUCAGCGGCCAUCUCUCCCCUCGGAACAGAUCUGUCCUCCAAGCGUGGCCACCUCUGUGUGUGUGUGAGCUGUGGGUGUGCGUAUGCGUGUGCCACAAGCUUCGGGAUGUGCCUGCAGGUGGGCGUGGGCGUGAACGGGUUGAGCGCCCAGCUGUGUGCACUGUGGGCUCAGGUUUGUGUGUGCGCAGUGUGUGCUGUGAGCGUCCUGUCCCUUCCACAAACCAGCUGGUGUGGGCUGCCCAGGCUGGGCAGUCUCUGGGUGCCAGGCGCCGCCUGCACAUGGCAGGACCUGAAGGUCUGGCAGCCUGAGUCGGGAGGGCAGCUGCUUUGCCAGGAAUGCAGAGAAGGGGGCUGCGUGGGCCACAGGGGGCACCCGUCCCCGGCCUGGGGUCCCCCAAGGCCACCGGAGAUGCAGGGAGAUCCUCUGCCUGCAGUGCACAGUGGCAGCAGCUGGCUCUGGGCAGACUCGGGCGCGGCCUGGGCUUCAGGUGGCAGACCUAGGGCUUCAGCCUUCUGCUGUGCCUCUGGGAAGCCCCGCCAGGCCCUGUUGUCCCCAGAAGAACUCUUGGAGAACCCAGUGUGUCCCUCCUGCGGCCCUCUGUCACAGCGCGGCUGGGCCCUGGGAAGCCUGGGUGGGGCAGGCGAAAGCUACCCUCCUGUUGGAUGCGUAGUGGGGUCUCGGGCCGCCCCCCCCUGGCAGCUCAGGGCCUCGUCCGCCCUCAGUCUCUCCUGCAGCUGCGCAACUGGACGGCCUCGCUGCUGUGCUCCCCGAGCGACCUCCCUGCCAGCGGCUUCAGCAGCCAGAUCCCACUGGUGGCCCGCGGGAACUGCACCUUCUAUGAGAAGGUGCGGCUGGCCCAGGGCAGCGGGGCGCGCGGGCUGCUCAUCGUCAGCAAGGAGAAGCUGGUUCCCCCAGGAGGCAACAAGACACAGUACGAGGAGAUUGGCAUCCCCGUGGCCCUCCUCAGCCACAGGGACAUGCUGGACAUCUUCAGGAGCUUCGGCCAAGCAGUGCGGGUGGCGCUGUACGCACCCAGUGAGCCGGUGCUGGACUACAACAUGGUCAUCAUCUUCAUCAUGGCCGUGGGCACCGUAGCCAUCGGGGGCUACUGGGCCGGGAGCCGGGACGUGAGAAAAAGGUACAUGAAACACAAGCGGGACGACGGGCCCGAGAAGCAGGAGGAGGCGGCGGUGGACGUGACGCCCGUCAUGAUCGGCGUGUUCGUGGUCAUGUGCUGCUCCAUGCUGGUGCUGCUCUACCACUUCUACGACCACCUGGUCUAUGCCAUCAUCGGGAUCUUCUGCCUGGCCUCCUCCACCGGCCUCUACAGCUGCCUGGCCCCCUGCGUGCGCCGGCUGCCCUUCUGCGAGUGCAGGGUCCCCGACAACAGCCUGCCCUACUUCCACAAGCGCCCGCAGGCCCGCAUGCUGCUCCUGGCUCUCCUCUGCAUCGCCGUCAGCGUGGUGUGGGGCGUCUUCCGCAACGAGGACCAGUGGGCGUGGGUCCUGCAGGACACGCUGGGUGUGGCCUUCUGCCUCUACAUGCUCAGGACUGUCCGCCUCCCCACGUUCAAGGCCUGCACGCUGCUGCUGCUGGUGCUCUUCGUCUACGACGUCUUCUUCGUCUUCGUCACGCCCUUCCUGACCAAGAGCGGGAACAGCAUCAUGGUGGAGGUGGCCACUGGGCCCUCGGACUCGGCCACUCGUGAGAAGCUGCCCAUGGUCCUGAAGGUGCCCAGGCUGAAUGCCUCGCCACUGGCCCUGUGUGACCGGCCCUUCUCCCUCCUGGGCUUUGGAGAUAUCCUGGUGCCAGGGCUGCUGGUGGCCUACUGCCACAGGUUCGACAUCCAGGCACAGUCCUCCCGGGUCUACUUUGUGGCCUGCACCGUGGCCUAUGGCAUUGGCCUCCUGGUGACGUUCGUGGCACUGGCACUCAUGCAGCGUGGCCAGCCCGCCCUCCUCUACCUGGUGCCCUGCACUCUGGUGACGAGCUGCCUGGUGGCGCUGUGGCGCCGGGAGCUGGGCGCCUUCUGGACGGGCAGCGGCUUUGCGAAAGACCUACCUCAGACCCAGUGGGCACCGGCUCCUGCCGACUGUCCACAGCCUCCGAAGGACUCAGACGCCCCGCUGUCCCCACAGUCUGCCAGCCAAGAACCAGUCAGGUCCCCUGUGCCCCCUGAGAAGCCCCAGGAACCGUCCACACCUGAGGAGACGGGGGCAGCAGCCCCUGCCCAGGAGCCCCAGACCCCGGACAGCAGCACCCCAGAAUCCACGGGCCUGGCCCAGCCCAGCCCCACAGCCCAGCCGGGGACCUUGGCCUAGGGAGAAGGUGCGCGCUCUGGACCCUGGCGGCCGCCACGUCACGUCAAGAUGCUGGGGCUGCCCGUGUCUGCAGCAGACGUGGGUGCCACCGCCCCCUGGACAAGGCCUGUGCCGGGCCCCUCUCCUACAUGGUGCUCAGUGCCCGGCGAGGUUCCCGCGGCCCCCCGCCUGCCCCCGCUGCAGCCGCACCCCGGCCCUCUCCAGCGGCUCUGCCUGCUUGGCUGCCCUGCCUGCCAGCCCUGCAGUCUUCCUUUGGGUCCUCCUCCUGGUUCCACGAGGGUUGCUUGUGCUCUCUGGAGCCCAGUGGGCGCUGCCCAGGUCCCUGCGUUUGGUGCUUCCCUCCUGCUGCCCGGGGCCCUCCCUACAGGACUGCUUUGACUGGCUGACUCCUGAGACCCCUGGACCAGGUGCCGGGAGCCGUGGCCCCCGGGGCAGGAAGCAGCCGCAUCCAGGGGCUCCAGCCGAGGCCCGAGGGACAGGGGCCUGAGGGCGGGGCCCAUGGGGUUGGGGUGGUGAGCCAGGCUUGGGUGAAGGCAGCGGUCCCCAGCAGGGCCCUCAGCCGGUGGCAUGCGAGUCUGCCCCAUGGAGCAGGCCGGGCACCAGCGUCCUGGAGCUGGGGAGUGGGACUGGCCAAGGGCCCAGUCUUCACGGGUCAUGUGGCAGCGUGGCACCUGGCACCUCCUCUGUGGAGGGGCUUCUGGAAGGUGCGAGGGUGACCCAGAGCUGGCCUUCUGCCCUCUACCUCAUCGACUGACAGGGGCCUGAGCUGGAGCUGGCCCAGGUGUGGCCGCUGGACCUGCGUCUCGCUGCACGUCCCCACCGCAGGCCAGGAAGGCGAGGAGCCUGGCGUCCUGCAGCCUGCACGCGUGCCCACGCGGCCCCUGCCCAGGGCAGAUGGGCCGGCACUGCAGACGGCGAGCGCGUCUGCCUCCAGGGAGAGGACGAGGGUGGCCCCCCCUGAAAGCCCCCGCCGCGCCUCUCCGCCUCUCGGCCACUGCUGUCCUGGAGGGGCGGGCUUGGCCAAGAGCAGCGGCUCCCUGGACGCCGAGGUGCUGGGCGGGACCCCGGGGCAGGCGGCCGCAUCUGCACUCAGACUGCACCCUGAGCCGCCCGGGGCGGGUCAGGGCCACGUGCUCAGGCCGGGGUGGACCAGGUGGACUUCCCAGGCAAGCGCCACUCAGGGUGGCCUUGCUUCUGUUGACUGAGGAUUAAACGUCGCUUUUGGUA